UGAUUUGGUUCACAUGUUCCAGUGGAGUUUGGAGUGCAGUAAAACCAUUAGUAUGCUGCAUAGGGGUUGCCAUGCAUAGCCAUAUGGAUGCAUCCAAUAUGGUGAAUAGACUUGUUUUGAAUGUAAUUAUAAUUAGCACUUGCAUGUACUGAUUAAUUUUGAAUGUAAUUAUUUAUUAAGCCGAUAGGCUUUAGUUAAGCUGUCAGCCCUCUGGAAAUUUGUCAGCCUCUGGUAGCUUUUCGUCGGGACCACGUUUUUGACGGGUCACCAUUUCCUGUGGUUUGGCAAGCUUAGUUGUAAGUGGUACGUCUCAUGCGAAUUUGUCAGUGAAGUUAUUUCAUCUGGCCUGGACAUUGAUGGCUGUGCAGACGGUAAUCACUUCCAUUAUUUUGAUGGGUCUCCAGAGAAUGGACGUUUUUGGUCGGUUCAGCUUUUGGAAGGGCCAAGAACGACAUGAGACGAUCAUUUAGAAAGUGGCAAGGGCGAGCUACAGAGAGACGCAGGUUUUCCAGACCCUUCUGGGUAAGAAUCCGAGGUCAUCUAAAAAAAGGGACUCAUCAUUCAUUCAGCAUUAGGGCCAUGGCUGAAUCAGCUAGUGUAAAUGGUGUACCGCAAAUUGAUAUCUCAAUAAAUCCAAGGGUGGCAUCUCUUAAACCCAUAACAAACAAUGGCAAUAUCAGAUCAUGCAACUGUACUUGUGCAAGUCGGAGUUCCUAUUAUCAGACUAACAGCUGGUGAGCCUGAUUUUAAUACACCAGACCUAAUAUCUGAGGUAGGUAUUAAGGCAAUUCAGGAAAGUUAUAAUCGAUAUACUCCUAAUGCAGGAACCAUGGAGACUCGAACGGCUAUUUGUAAUAACUUAAAAGAGGAAAAUUGCCUCUCAUAUACACCUGACCAGAUUUUUGUCAGUAAUGGAGCAAAACAAUGCAUCAUGCAAGCUGUUUUAGCAGUCCGUUCACUGGGUGAUGAGGUAAUUGCAGAAAUGACUGGUGGAGGAGUAGACUACAGUAUCGAGUGCACAGGGAAUAUUAUUGCAAUGAUUCAGGCAUUCCAAAGGUAUGAAAUGUUAGCCGUAGUUGGAGAAAGAAAGAAGCUAAAAGAAAGCAAUUGGGAAGAGGUAUAUUUAGAAAGGCCCUUUGUGAAGUAUUUUGAAAAAAUUGUUCAAGAAAAAUCUCCAACUUGGUAUCUAUCUUUCCGCACCAUCCAGUCACACAACUUGCCUAAGUUUCAUAAGUUUCUAUUUAAAUGAUUGCUUAGGCAAUACGUAGUUUAUGAUGAUUAUCUUUGCAUUCCAAUGAGCAUGUUUGUUAUCUCUAAAUGAUUGCUUAGGCAAUACGUAGUUUAUGAUGAUUAUCUUUGCAUUCCAGUGAGCAUGUUUGUUAUCUCUUGUCCACUAAAGCGCUAUCAUUCAAUGAAAUGAUUGGGCACAUUUUGCUGGGCCAAUUUGCUAUCACAAUUGAGUACUCUUUCUUGUGCUCGGUCAUGGCUGCUGAACCCAUGAAACUCAUGGAGACGUUGUCGUAUGGUCUACUCGGUAUUAAUAAUGGCAUGUACAAUUCAAGAUUCUUACUGAUAGAUGUCUAUGUUACAUGGUAUGCAUUUAGAAACUAAAUUUGUUACUUGUUCU